AUGGCAACUUCGUGCUUCAAAAUAAGGACUGCAACUUGUCUCAGUGCAUUCUAUGCAUACCAAAAAAGACCAAAAAGUAAUACGCAAGGUUCAAGCAUUUCGGAGACUAAUCUACGUUCCUUUACAUACAAAGAACUCGAAGAAGCAACAAAUGGGUUCAAGGAAGAAUUGGGAAAGGGUGCUUUUGGCAUUGUUUACAAAGGUAUCUUCCCAAUAGGCUCUAGAAAUCUGGUUGCAGUCAAGAGGCUAGACAAGGUGGUUCAAGAAGGUGAGAAGGAAUUCAAAACAGAGGUAAUUGUGAUCGGCCAGACACACCAUAAGAAUUUAGUUCAAUUGUUUGGAUUUUGUGAGGAAGGGCCACACAGGAUUUUGGUAUACGAGUUCAUGAGUAAUGGUUCUUUGGCAAGCUUUCUGUUUGGACUCUCAAGGCCUCAUUGGGAUCAAAGAACCCAGAUUGCAAUCGGGAUUGCAAGGGGGCUUGCAUACUUACACGAAGAGUGCAGCACCCAGAUCAUCCAUUGUGAUAUAAAGCCUCAGAACAUACUUCUAGACGAUUUUUUCAGGCCAAGGAUUUCUGAUUUUGGAUUGGCAAAGCUGUUGAUGCCUGACCAGGUCUUAACUCAAACAGGCAUUAGAGGGACUAGAGGGUAUGUGGCACCAGAGUGGUUCCGGAGUAUGCCGAUCACAGCUAGGGUGGAUGUUUAUAGCUUUGGUGUGAUGUUGUUGGAGAUUAUCUCUUGUAGGAGGAGUGUUGACACAGCAUGGGGUGAAGAGAAAGUUAUAUUAACGGACUGGGCUUAUGAUUGCUACAGAGAAGGUAAACUUGAAGAGUUGGUGGAGAGGGAUGAGGAGGCCAUGAGGGAUGAGAAGAGGUUACUGACUUUUGUGAUGGUUGCAAUUUGGUGUAUUCAAGAGGAUCCGCCGCUGAGGCCAACAAUUAAGAAGGUGUCACAGAUGCUUGAAGGAGCUGUCGAUGUUCCCCGUCCACCUUGCCCUUUUCCCUUCAGCUCUUACCGUUAAUCUCUCUUUCUCUCUCUCUCUCCUGUGUGUGUUACUUCCAUUGAUUCACAGCAUUGGAAUUGGCACUCCAAAUUUCUGAUUCAAACACUACAUUACAGCUUUUUUGUUUAUUCACUUGAAAGCCUUGAACAAUAAAGAUGGGCGUUUGUAAUUUAACUGUUUUAGGUGGAUUUCAGUAAUGGUCAAGUAUUAACAUAUGUAUAAAAUGCCUGUUCUUGAUUUGUAAA